UCCUGUUAUGUUCAAACGAAUAAUCGACCGGGCCAUGCUUAUCCUUCAAAUCCUCUCAAUAUUAUCGGUUAAAUGAGAAAUUCUACCGCUCUGCUCGCCGGCAUGGCCAAGAUUCCCAUCGUCAGCUUGAAACUGCAGUAUUUCGGCUCGAGGCUGAUGCCAAGGUGAUGCAAAAGCACAUGGGGAGACCACUGGAGACAAACUCAAGACCAAUGCUCAAUAAGUCCCUUGAUUCCCAGCGUCCUUUCCAGGGGGGUCAUACGCCGAUCAGAACAUAUCGUCGCCACGGAGUAAUACUGGAGAUACGAUCACCUAACCGGCUCGCCGGUCCUGCCUUGUUCGCCCCCAAAACUGUGUGUUUUCCUCGCAAAACACAUCAUGACAUAGAAGAUCGGCCCAAAACAAUCCGAGCCCAUGACAUACCCCAAGAUUUCCUUCCCCCUUUGGGCCUGUUAAGCAUCACCCAGGUUAAAGAAUCAUUUACCGAUUUCGAAAUGUUGAACAGGCACCAACGUUUGUCGACGUCGAAGUACAAAUUCGUCCCUUCGCCGCUUUUCGAGGAUCUUCGCGAGACGCGUGGAUCAGGUCCGUACGCCGGAGCACGGUCGAGACUCGAGAACCAAUGUGAUUGCUGCAUCCGUUCUACUGGCUGCCAGCCAAUAGAAUCGCUUCGGCCUUCGAGGAACCAUGUGAAGCUGCCCAACUCAACUCAACUGGUGCUCGUACACACAAGUUAUCAGGGUCGAAGCGGUGUGUGUCGGUUGGAAGUGUGGACACAUGACAACGGUAGGCAUCUGAGAUCUGGCUGCAUCUCAGGCAGCUGCAAGGUCAACGACCCUAAACGCGACCCUUCGAAGAUUCCAUUCAACGCUCAGCACUAAGUUUGAACACUAACUGCUGGUGUGGCAAAAGAACCGAAAUAGCAAAUGCAUCCAGUGUCCUUAUUCCCAUUUCUCUCGGCUAUCAAAGAGCCAGCAUGGUGCCUUGGAAGCAAAUGAACCCAACAAGAAGGCAAUUUUAAAAAGUUGCAGAAAUCCCGAGGCGUUGACGUAGAGAUGUCCAAUGAACAGGUCCGGUUUGUCACCUCAAAACAGGGCGCCGUACUUGAGGUCAUCAGGGUGCCAUAAGCGCUGAGUAAGGGCCGGUGGAAGUACGCGAUUGCCGCAACGUCAUUGGCUCAUUAAACUCGAAAGAAUAUCUCCAAGAUGCAAGUCAUCAGUCAGAUAUCUCCAGCUGGUCCACUGUGCCCCCCUGCAGGGCUCCAACCUGUUAAAAAACUAUC